GACUGCACGGUUAGCACAUGAUGGGCGCGACAGUCGACAGGCGAGAAAACGCCGCGACAUAGAGCUCUCUCGCGAAUCGGUAGCAUAAGAUCCGCGCGACAACCCGCUCUCCCGCGGACAUAUGUCAAAGCGACAAAAUUUUGUCGCUUGACAGUUCCACGCGGGAUACUCUCGAAACUCGUAGCACAAAUGCACUUUGGGCGACAAAAUAUCCCGCGUUUCAACGUCAAAAUGAGAGAAACUGUCUUCGAGACAUUAAGCUAGCGAGACGCUCUCGACUCAAACAAAAAAAUGGCCUUUUUUCUUUUAAUCAAUGAAGAGAUCCGGCAAAGGAAACUUCAGCGGAGGAGGUUGCGGGACGCUAACAACCCCUUCGAGUUGCCGGAUCAGGAAUUUCAGCAUUUAUACAGAAUAAAUAAGGAUAUGGGCCUGUACCUGAUUCGGCAGCUCGAAGGGACAUUGGGAGAGACCGCCGCUCACAGCAUCCCCGUCCAUGUCCAGGUUUUAUCAUCUGUGAUGUUCAUGGCUGCCGGGAGCUACCAGAGGGGUGUGGGCCAAGACCACAACCUUUGCAUGGCUCAGACAACCAUGUCCAAAUAUCUGGGCAGGGUCGUGGAUGCGAUCAACCGACAAUUGAAAAAUCGGUGGAUUGUUUUCCCUGGCACCGAGGCUGGAAGGCAAAAUGUGUCCGCCGGAUUCCGGGAACAAUUCGGAGUCCCGGAUGUACUGGGGGCAGUGGAUUGCACGCAUGUGGCCAUAUUUCCACCGCCGCGGCCACAUGGCGUGCAAUUCAUAAAUAGAAAAGGAAUUCACACCCUAAAUGUGCAGUUGGUAGCAGACGUGGAUUGCAAAAUAUUAAAUGUUAAUGCGCAAUUCCCCGGCCGAGUGCAUGACACAUAUAUAUACCGCCAAUCAGUUAUUAGAGACGAAAUGCGCCGCCUACACGAACAGCGCAUAGGGCGUUAUUUUCUUUUGGGAGAUUCCGGCUACCCAUUAGAGCCCUGGCUGAUGACGCCGGUGUUGCACGCCGACCCACACUCGCCACAGGACCGCUACACGCGCUGGCACUGCCAGGCCCGGAACGUAGUGGAGCGCACCAACGGCUACCUCAAGGGUUCUUUGAGAUGCUUGGGGUUGGACAGGCGCCUCCACUACACGCCAGAAAAAUCCUGCAGCCUGAUUUAUGCGUGCUGCACCGUGUAUAACAUCAUGAAGUACUUUGGGGUCGAGUUGAGGGAAGAGGUAGCAGAGCCAAUCGAAGACGAAGAUAACUACGGCCAAAAUUUUGAUGACGCUGCGGCGCUUAUGCGCGUAGCAAACGAACGCCGAGAGCGAUUAAUUAUACAGUAUUUUUCUUAAGGAAAACUUUCAUUUCAGCUACAUUAUCUAAAACCUUACAUCAAGGGUAUAUCUAUGCAAAGUAAAACUAUACUUAAAUUGUACGCGCCUCUAUAUUAUUCUGUUUUUAGUAUUUGUUGUUUAGCUAAGUUUUUAGUGCUUACUGAGUGGAGACCAUUUCAGCCUCAGAUCUUUAUCUUUGAUAUGUCUCUUUGUGUUUUGUAUACUUCUUGUUUCACAUUUUAUGUUAUUUUUUUGUUAUGCAUUUUUUAAUGGAAUGAUGUGUUGCCUGAAUAAAUAUUUUUCUAUUCUA